CCCGCCUGGCCCCCCUGCCAGGUGGUCUCCUCCCCCAGCGCCUACGGAGCAGCAAGGCGUGGGAACCGGAACUGGGGGGAGGGCCUGUGACCCCCAGGGUCAGCUCUCGGGAGGGGAGCUCUGUCCCCAGUAGCUGCUGGGUCUCUCCCGGCAGCCCCCAGGCGUCAUCCCCAUCCUUCGGUGCUGGAGCCCCACAAGGGGGAGGGGGGAUAAAGCUUCGGGGGGCAUCCUCUGGGACCUGCCUCGUGCCCUCCAUGUGGCCCUAGCUGGCCGCCCAGGAGGGGCUGUGCCCAGGCCCCGUAUCCCCUAGCGGGGCCCAUGUGUCAGGGCUGCUGCUCUCUCCUCAGCCUGUCCCUGCCCUGAGGAUGGGGUUGCACUGGAGAAGGCUCCUGCCCUUGCUGCUGGGGCUGCUGCUGGGCCCUUGGUGCACAGGCGGCUCCUCCCCACCUGAGCCCUGCCGGACCUGCCGGGACCUCGCCAGCAGCUUUCUCAAGGGCCUGAAGCGGACUGAGCGGGAGAAUUUCGGGGGAGGGAACACGGCCUGGGAGGAGGAGAAGCUGGCGAAAUAUGCGCACAGUGAGACGCGCCUGCUGGAGGUGCUGGAGAGCGUGUGUGGAAAGUCGGACUUUGCGUGUCACCAGCUGCUGGAGCAGAGUGAAGAGCACGUGGAGAGCUGGUGGUUCCAGGGACAGCAGCAGCACCCUGACUUCUUCCAGUGGCUCUGCAUGGACAUGCUGAAGGUCUGCUGCCCACCUGGCACCUAUGGCCCUGACUGCCUGCCAUGUGCUGGUGGGCACCAGCAGCCGUGCAGCGGGAAUGGUAAAUGUGACGGCGAGGGGACGCGUGCGGGCACUGGCCUGUGCAUGUGCAGCCUGGGCUACGGCGGCUCCUUCUGCUCUGAGUGCGCGGACGGCUAUUAUGAGGCAGCCAGGAACGAGAGCCACCUGGUAUGUGCUGAGUGCUACCGGGCAUGCGGGCGCUGCUCAGGGCCAGAGGACUCCAGCUGUCUGCGCUGCAAAAGGGGCUGGGCGCUGCAUGAGCACAGGUGCAUUGACAUAGAUGAAUGUGGCACGGAGAUGGCGCAUUGCCGGCCUAACCAGUUCUGCGUCAACACCGAGGGCUCCUACGAGUGCCGAGACUGCUCCACGGCCUGUGUUGGCUGCAUGGGCGCUGGGCCUGCCCGCUGCAAGAGGUGCAACAAAGGCUACCAGCGGGACGGAGCAAAGUGCCUGGACGUGGACGAGUGUGCCAGCGUGCAGGAACCUGUCUGUGCCGGGGCCCAAGAGGUCUGUGAGAACACGGAUGGCAGCUACUGGUGCAUGUGUGCAGAGGGCCAUGUGCGCAGGGAUGGCGAGUGCGUGGAGGACAAACCCCCAGACACCCCGGCAAAGGGCUUUUUUGACGAGGUGACGGAGGACGAGGUGGUGGUGCUGCAGCAGAUGUUCUUCGGCGUGGUGAUCUGCGCACUGGCCACGCUGGCUGCCAAGGGCGACAUGGUCUUCACCGCCAUCUUCAUUGGGGCGGUGGCAGCCAUGGCUGGCUACUGGCUCUCGGAGCGCAGUGACCGCGUGCUCGACGGGUUCCUGAAGGGCAGAUAGUUCCAGGUGGGGGGCUCCUUCCUGCCCCCCACCACAGGGCCUGGGAGGGCGAGGCUCUUAGCACCAGCUUGGGGACUGUCCUUGUGAUGGGGAGCAGGGGGCGCCUGGCUCCAGGGGGUCCCAGGACUGAGGGGGUAGGGUGGGAAGCCGGUGGGGGUCCCUGGCUCUGGGUGGCCUGAGGGACAGGGGGCCCCAGGCCUGAGGGUGGGGUGGGAAGCUGGUGGGGGUCCCUGGCUCUGGGUGGCCCCAGGGGGUGGGGUGGUGCAGGGCAGGAUCUGGCACCCCCUGGCCAGGCCUGUGCCAGGGUUCUCAGAAAGUCGCUUUCCCAUUGGAGAUGUUCCAUCCAUGUGUAUCCCACUUGCGGUGCAAACGCUUCAUGCCGUGUUACUGGGGCUGUGCCCUGUGUGUGCCCCCCUUCCGCGCAUGGGGCUGCAGGGUAGGUGGUGGUUCCCGCUGGUGGUGCCCAAUCAGCAGGCAGGCCACAGGAGACCGAGUGCAGCAGUCUGAAGAUGUCAUCUGCCCAGUCGGGGGCCUUGUGUCUGGCACAGCAAUGGGCAGUGUGCCAGGGCCCCCCAUGCAGAGAGUAGCCUGCCGACUGGGGGAACGGGCUGCUGUCCGGGUGCACAGGCUGCUGGUACCGCCUGGUGCCACUCCGGCAACCUUUGGCAGGGGUGGCCAGGGGCUUUGUCCCAUGCGAGAGGCAGGGACUUGUCUGACGGGUUUGGUCCUGUUGCCUCUCAUGCUGUCUGGGGCUGGAGCUUUAGGAAAGACACCAGGGAGGGUGGCUGGCGGAUUGACGUAGAAUGUGCCCACAUCUCCACAUGUGGUGCAGGGUAGGCCCGUGCCAGCUGGGGGAGACGUGAAGAGAGCACUGCAGCAGGGGCCGGAAUGGGGAUCCAUCAGCCGGAGUCCAGCCGUGGGAUCCCCACUGAGUGAGGGUGGCAUGCUGAGACCGUCCGAGCUGCCUCGGCCAAGGGCAGAGCAGAGCUCCCCAUGCAGGCUCCUGGCAGAGCUCAGCCAGCCCUCGGGUGCAGCCUGGGGCUCUGGGUGGAGAGCACGGCCAUGGGUCUUGGGAGAGCGGGAACUGGUGGAUGGAUGGAGAGUUGCACAGUCAGGCUGUGAGUUCCUGUGGCUGCAGCCUGCCUGAUCUCAUGUCUCUGGGAUGGGGAAGGAGUGAGAGAAGGGCCUGGUGGGAUCCCCGGCAGGGGCCUGCUCUGGAGUGCAAUAGGGGUGUUUUGUGUCUGUCAGUGGCGAGCAGGGCAGUCCCCGAGAGCCCUAGUUGCAGAGGGGGGUUGAGACCAGAGUCCUCCGGGGACCUCUCAGGCUGACUAUGUGCUGGCUGUGGAGAGUCUGCCAGGCUGAUGGCUGGUCAAUGGAGAGUGGCUGGGUUAUCCUGGGGAUUCAACACUGCUGCUGGCCAAGAGGAGGGGCAGGCGUCUCCCAUCUGUUGACUGCUCUGCGGCAGUGCUGUCUGCGAGGAGCCGGACCGUAGAUGAGGUGGUGGUGGAUGGCUUGGAGUGCCAGCACAGCUGCCUUUGUUCCUGGAGGGCUUGGGGAGCUUGCCAUGUGGCCGUGGAAGGCUCUGCUCAGGGCUGCACAUGGGGAUGGAGGUGGCUGCACCAGGGCAGAGCUGCGAGGUCAGGGCCCAUGUGAUCUUUGGGGGCUGGGACACGGAUCUGAGUGGCCAGGAAGGGGUCCCGGGGAAGUCUGGCAGGAGGUACAGCAUAUGCCCAGGCUGGCUUGUGGCCCAGUCAUUUGAGGCAGGUCUUUGGUGCGGUUUGGGAUUUGCCCUGCAGGUGGUGGUGGGGUGGGUGUCUCCCCCGGGGGGGGGCCCUGCUCAGCGCUAUGCGGUCUGCACUGGUGUCUGCCUGGAGUGGGGCAGAUGGGAACGGAGAGUGGUGCUGGGCAGCUGGCAGUGGAGGCCAGACACGUUCAAAUCAGAAGUCGGGCACGUGACUGACCCCAGGAACGGGGGGGUUGACCAGCUCUGAAAGCUGCUGUGCCCAGCACAGGGGUGACUGGCCUGUGCUGGACAGGAGUCAGAUGUGAUCGAAUGGCCCCUUCUGGCCUUGAACCCUGAGUCUCUGGAGGGCUCCUGAUUUCCCUCAGUUGAGCCAGUUGACACUGGUGGUUGUGAGCAGCCCUGUUGACUCGGCGGGGGAGGCUCUGGCUCCUGCCGGCAGAGCUGCGCUGAGAACCGGUCGCCACGGGUGCACUGGGUUCCAGGGGGAAUAGCCAGAGCCACAAACCAACCUUGAGCAUCUCCAGUGAGGACAAUGGAGGCAGCACUGAGCUUAGCUGGCUUGGCUCCAGAAUAUGAAGCAGCCCCCCAAAGUCUCCAGGUAUUUUAAUGGGGGGCAGGGGUGUCUGGAGGCUGCUGCUUGUCUGUCAUGAGAGAGUCCCUGAAGAGGUGGGGAGCGGGAGUGUUUGGGGCAGAGACUGGCGGUGUCUGGAGAGCCUAUUGGAAACAAACUCUAGCCGACAGCUGGCUGGUUCCAGACCAAGCCCGGAAGAUGUAGGUGAGCUGACACCGAAGGCCGGGCAGGAGGCCCUUGCCCUGUAUGUCCGACCAGCUCCUGGCUGAGGAAGGAGGCUGAAUGCAGGUGCUCUGGAAAACAGGCUGCAUCUGCACGGACCGUGGGGUGCUGAGGGGCAGAUGUUCUUGGCCCUGGGCGCUGGAGUCCCUAGUCCUGGGGAUCCUGAGGUUGCCCAGAGCCCUUCAAGGCAUGAGGGAGGAGUCGCUGUGGGGACUGACUGGAGUGUGAACCCCUGCAUGAGCCAGAGGCUUGAAGCCAUGACACUCUCCUGGGGCUGCUGGGGAUCAGGCCUGACUCCAUUGACUGAAAUCAGCUCAGCCUUGUGGGACCGUGAUCCUGCCCACGUGAAGCACUUCUGUCUGUCACAUUGCGCCUGGCACUUCCCGCUGGCAGGUGGAGGAGGAUGUGGCCUGGCAGGGUGAGCGUUAAGUGUGCCCGCAUGUACCUGUGGAGAGGAGCGUGCUGGACUCUGCUGUGGGUUGCUGUCUCCCAGAGGCCCUACUGCCGUGCAUGGCCAGCGCCCUGGGCAAAGGGGGGUGAAUAUCAAGCUGCUGCUGAGCCUUCCCUUGUACGGCUGUGAUCUCAGUCUCCAGCAUCUGCUCUUCUGCUCAAGGGUCUUGAUGCCUGCUCCAUAGGGGGUGAGGAUGAAGGGUCCUUACGUGGAGAAAGAGCCGGACUGUGAAACUCCUCCCCAGCGACCUCUUCUAACUUGUCCUCGUUCGGUGUGGGGGUGUCCCUGGGUUGGACACAGCAGGGGACCGAGAUCCUGCUCACCACGUGGCUGAAUCGGCUGAACAGAGGCUCCCGCCCCAGUAUCUGUCCAGGUGGCCCCUUUGGAAUGAGCCUUGGUCUAGGGACCCAUCACCGUGGUGGUGAAGCACCUUGCCAUGUAGAAUGUAAUUACAGGCCUGGCAAUGCAGGGGGGUGCCCCCCUUGGCACUGAGGGGAGAGAGGCACAGGGAGAUGAAGUGACUGGGAACUGAGCCUUUGUCUUCUGUAUCCCUGGCUGGAGCCUGCCCUGCCCUGUUGGGGGUGGGAUGCAGGAGCGGGGUCCCUGCUCAAGGACGGGAGCCUGUGGGCAGGGCCAAGUCCUGCUGGAGUAGUGGAGCUGAGCAUCCAGCGAGGCUCGGAGCUGGCACUGGGCUAGCUGAGAACAGCAGUGGUCCUGUUCAGCACAAGGCCCCAGACUCUUGGGGCUCUGGUCUCUCGGGGGCAGCAGAGUGGUGCCAGGAGCUCACCAUCUGGCAGUGCCCAGGGCCCAUGGGGCAGGACCAGAUAUAGUGGCCACUCGCAGAGUCUGGGAAGGGCAGGCACCGGGGCCGGGGGAGGGGGCUUUUAAAGAGUGCUCUGUCCUGCCCCUGCAUGUGUGGCCUCAUGACCCCGAGCCAAUACUGGAGAAAGUGAGGGCUGGUCUUGGCUGAGUGCCAGAUGCGGGGCCCCAAUCCUAGAAAAGCAGGUUUAAUACUAGCCGCGGGGCCUGCUCUCCAGACUGCCCCCAGGUCCUGUGGGAGCUGGGUGGGGUUUGGGGAGUGGGGCCAGCUGGCUGUGGCCUAGCCCACAGUGAUUGCCCCAGGAGCAACAGCUUGAGAUGGUGCCCUGAUCAGCAAGGCCUGGCCCAGGCCUUCACUCUGGUGCUGCUCAGGGCCCUGGCCAUGCCUGCGCCCUCUCCACCCUCCAGCACUGAAGGGCCAGGCACUGGAGGGGCAAAGGGGGUUAGUAUGAAUACAGCCCCUGCAGCCUAGAUCCAUUAGCACUAGAGCUGUCAAGC